AUGGAUAUUAUAACAGUUGUAAACACGGAUUCUUCGCCGGCCAAAAGCGCUAGAAACCCUCUGCUACCAAGGGCAAUUUCACCCCAACAGGCGCAAUCAAAGAACAUUCGCCGCAAGGGAUCGUUCAUCAGGCCAAUCGACUCUUCAGAAGAAUCUCCACUGAGUUCUAACAAUUCAAUCUUCGAAGCAUUUUUGUUUUCAAAUAGCAAUAGUGAGGACAGUGUAUAUAAAUCCGAUACAUUAUCAUCCUCCAAACAACCAAUUUGCCAGAAUUCUCCACCUAACAACGAAAAUUUGAGACAGACAUCAAUUUCCAUUCGACCCGAAAUUAUACCAACCACUGAGUUUCUCUAUGGCCACGGCACAGUCCUAGACACAAUAACGGAACAAAAAAGUUAUGGCACCAUGCGCAGUAUCACUCGCACCAAAUCCGCAGACGAUAUAUCCACAAUUCGCAGUAUAGGUCGUGCCAAAUCCGCAGAUGAUCUUUCAAAUACUCCACUUCUUGGUCAUCGUGACAGCUUCAUACUAGCCAAGAAUCGCCCUCGACGUCAGCAGUCAUUUAGUCUCGACGAUAUCUGGUCCAUAAAGGAUUCUUAUCAUGACGCAUGUGCCAUGAUCGAUCAAGUUGCUCGACGCAGAUUAUCCAUUCACGAAGUCUAUGCCAAACCCAAAGAGCCUCUUAUUGCACCCCCAGUACGUCCCGACACGCCACCAGGAUGUCCUUCUUGGACUGAAGCACAAAGGCCUGGUCCGCGCCAGCACCUAAUACCCCAUCAUACUCGUCUACAACGUCUCCUUAGAAUGCCAUCCUCGGGCCUAACUCUCUCACCAACACCUUCGAGGUCUUUUUUCACAGGAAGAGUAGUAUCUGCACCUGGUCUCACACGCCUUCCUCCUCGCUUCAGAGUACCAAAAAGUGUUUACUCUGCGAUCGAAACUCACCCCUUCAGCACUGCUCCCGUCCAUAAAAUUGACUCUGAGCCACCAAUUGAAGCACCUCGACUCAUUCCAGCCCCAGCUUCAUCCGAGUAUCCGCGAACCUCUUCGAUCCCAUCAGCCGCUCCAAUAAUAGCUCCAGUAAGUAAGAGCAAAGGAAAAGCCAGAUCCAAACUCGUCCGCUUCACCGCCUCCGCCACAGCCCGCGAUUCUGAAAUGAUUAAUCUCCAACAUGCCAUGGAAGCAACUAGUUCGACGGCUCUCCACCCUUUGGUCGGUGAUCCAUGGAGUAAUCAUCCUGUACCAUUUCCGAAGUUAAGUUGUCCGCAUCGGAAAGGAAAGCAACAAGCUAUCAAUGAUUUAAACCGCAGAUUCAACUCGCCAAUUAAUGCAUACGACGACCCAUCAAGCAGUCUAUAUCUACCCCUCGCAUCCGUCACGUCUCUUCCACGUGCUACUCUCACACCCAAUAUCCGUGUUGUAAGAUCUAUGGACGAUCCAGACAUCUCUCUUCAUUCUUCUUCGCAUUCUCACUCUCAUAACUCAGCUUCACUCGAUAUCAAUAGCAAUAAUGGAAAUAGCGAUCGAGAUAGAGUACGAAGAAUAUCCAUCUCCCCCUCCCUCAUCAGAGACAUAAAUGCAGAAGACACAAGCAGGGAUGAAAUCGACCUCGGAAUCAUCGAUCUCGAACGUGAAAAUCGUUCAAGUAUUCGUACUAAAGAUACAGGCACACCAUUGACAUCUCGUCCUGCAUCCGCUGCUACCAGUACAAAUACUUCAAAUGGAUAUUUCAUGUCGGGCGCGUUGCAUAUUGCUGAAUCGCAGGAUAGUGAUGUGGGACAGCAGGCGGUUCAUGUGCCGAUUAUGACGGGGGCGAGAAUGAUGGAUGUGUUGAGUCCUUCUUUUAGAAUGGAUGGGAAUGGAAAUGGGAAUGGGGUUGCGUAUCAUGAUGGAGAUUAUACCCGUGGUGGUAGUAGGGUGAGAAUAGAAGAGAAGAAAGAAUUUGAUGAGGGUGUUUGCUGGAAAUGUAAACUCAUAAGUGCGAAGAGGAAGGUGGAAGAUUGGUUGGAUAGGGGUGGUGAGUGGAUUUGUUUUGUUUGUUGUGGGGGGACUGAGGAGUGGUGGGAGGGGCAGAGAGGAGAUGUUAGUGGGAGGGAAGUGGAGAGGAGGAGAAAUGUUAUGGCUGGAGUGCCUGGGGUUGGUAUUUAA